UUCGGCACAGGUGAGCCACUCUCCAGCGCCAGAGGACACAGGAGGACACGCAGGUGGACCAGUCACUGCUGUGCAACACACCAAGGACAUUUCUUCACUUGUGUUUUUUGCUGGGAUUUUAACUUCAUAAUCAGCUAUUUUUUUUUUAAUAUCUUGAAUUGGUGAGCAAACCCGACUGUCGCUCCUGUUUUAAUAAAAUGACCUGGCCGGGUGAAUUUGGGAGAUUAAACGCAGUUUUUCUGCCCAUUUUACUCAGCUUCACUUUUCAAGGUGCGUUGUGUCAGCUGCUGGUGUCCCCCGCUGGCCCCACCCAGGUGGACGCGUUAGCGGGCAGCAACGUGACUCUGGCCGUGUCCUUCAGCGGAGCCACCGACCCGGCGCUCACCUGGUUCAUGGCCGAGCUACCUGUAGUCACGUGGGCCCUUAACUCCGGGGUUGGCCCUGACGUUGCUGAAGGCAGAAGGACGGUGCUGAGGGUCGAGACGAGCGGAUCCCUUAGCUUUGUGGAGGUUCCGCUGGGAUACACCAGUAACUACACCAUUGAAAUGACAAAGUCUGGACUGGGGAAAUCCUUCACUACUUUCACUCUGAGAGUAUUUGAUGUGAUCCAGAAUGUGAUCCUCAGAGCACAGUCUGGUUCGGCCCAGGAGGGAGCUGCCCGGUUCACCCUGCAGUACAGCAUGCAGCAAGGAGUGGUCGAGCAACAGACGUGGUUCUUCGCUGGCAGGGAGAUACAAUCCAACUCGCACUACACGGUGGAGGAAAGGAGCCUCGUGAUCCUCAGUCCAAACCGAAGCGACACAGGACGGUACACAGUGUUACUGACGAACCCCUUCAGCAGGGCGACGACUGACGUAAACGUCUCCGUGCUGUAUGGACCAGAUGAGCCCAUACUUGAGGCCCGUCCAGCUCAGCCUUUCUAUGUAUCGGGGGACAAUCUGAGUGUCUCCUGCCAGGCUGAUGGGUUCCCACCUCCGAAUGCUGAGUGGGUCUUUGGCAGUCAGACCCUCUCUGAUUCCCCCCAAGGAGUCUUGAAUCUAAAACGUGUACAGCCCAGUCAAGGAGGGGUUUAUACCUGCACGCUGCUCAAUGUGGAGACGGGAGAAAAGCGCCAAAAGAACAUCACUUUAAACGUUUAUGAGAAGCCGUCGGGCGAUCCAAUGUGCUCUGUGCAGUCGUUGAAUAACGUGGGCCUCCAGUACCACUGUCGGUGGUCGGGUGGAUCCCCACAGGCCCAGCUUUCUUUCCCAGCACUAAACAACACCAGCAGUGCAGCAGGGAACCUCAGCCUGACCUUCAACGCCUCGCCUGACCUCGACAGGAAAACUGUCACGUGCAUGGCUGACCACCCUGUCAAACAGAAUAACUGCAGUAUUACUGCGGCAAGUCCAAGUAUGUUCCUGCCAGCUGUGAGAACCACAGUUCCCUCUGAUGGCAAAAUAAUGGUGACCAUCCAGUGUGUCAGUGAGGCCUCGCCUCAGGCCGUGGUGUCAUGGUCCAAAGGCAGCGCGGCCGUCACCAGCACGUCACCAUACCAGAUCAGCAGGGACACCACACAGCUGGAGAUACGGGAUUACAACGUCAGCUUUCUCCUCCAGAACUACACCUGUACCUGUCGCAACCCACUUGGCAGCCAGAAAAGGGAAAUUCAGUUGAGAGGACCGUCGAUCUCAGAUUUCGGUGUGUUGACUAAUCCCAAUGGAACCAUCGUCACGUUGACCUGGGAGGUCCUGCCCACCUCCGUCGUUACAGGGUUUGACAUCCAAAUGAAAGGACUAGACAUCCUGAGCAGAAAUCUUGAUGGUGCCCAAACUAAAGCCAGCUCAAACAGAUUUCGCACCAUCAAAAAGGAGCCUGGCCCUGUCAGGAGGACCGACAUCUUUAUCCAAAAUCCCAAGUUGACGUACAAGUUUCGGGUCAUCCCAAGAGCUCUAAUGACUGAAGGUCGGCCGUCUGAGGUCCAGAGAAUUGGUCCAGGUGAAGGGCUGAGUGGAUCUGCCAUCGCUGGCAUUGCAGCUGGAAUCCCCUGCGGCCUUCUCUUCCUCCUCCUGCUGGGCGGCUCCAUCUACUUCUGUGUCUACUGGAACAAGAACAAAAGUCGGCAGACAAGAUAUCCAUUGUCCAGAGCAGUUGAGAAGGCAGUAACAACCCCGACAGAAACUACUCCUCAUAACCUGCUGACAGGAGGGAUAAAGUCUCCACCUGAUUACAACCGAUUACAGCAGACUCCCUCUGAAAGAUCAAUGGCUCUCCCAGCAUUUUUCCCUCCACCGCCUGUCAGAGUUGCUACAACUGUUUGAAUUCCAAAAUUUGCUGAGAUGUAUAUAUUAAUUUUAAAUUGCAUGCUAUAUUUUUAUG